CGCCCCGCUCGGCUCGGCUCGGCUCGGCCCGGCCCCGCGCGGGCAGCCAUGGCCGCCUCCGUGUUCUGCUGCCUGCGCUGGUGCGGGGACGGCGGCGGCGGGCACAUCCCGCUGAAGGAGAUGCCGGCGGUGCAGCUGGAUACGCAGCACAUGGGAACAGAUGUUGUCAUUGUCAAAAACGGCAGAAGAAUAUGUGGCACAGGAGGCUGCUUAGCCAAUGCACCUUUGCAUCAGAACAAGAGCUAUUUUGAGUUUAAAAUCCAGUCCACAGGAAUUUGGGGUAUUGGAGUUGCAACCCAAAAAGCGAACUUGAAUCAAAUUCCUCUUGGCCGAGAUGUCCACAGUCUGGUGAUGAGGAAUGAUGGAGCUCUCUACUACAACAACGAGGAGAAAAAUAGACUGCCAGCAAACAGCCUUCCUCAGGAGGGCGAUGUGGUGGGCAUUACAUAUGAUCAUGUAGAAUUAAAUGUGUAUUUAAAUGGAAAGAACAUGCAUUGUCCAGCUUCAGGAAUCAGAGGAACUGUCUAUCCAGUGGUAUAUGUUGAUGACAGUGCCAUUCUGGAUUGUCAGUUCAGUGAAUUUUAUCAUACACCUCCACCAGGGUUUGAAAAGAUCCUCUUUGAGCAGCAAAUCUUCUGAAUGUCUUCAUACUGAAAAUCUGCACCCUGCACUGUUACAAAAGCUUUGUCAUCUUAAAUAAAGCUUCACAUUACCUUUAGGAAACGUACCUGUAUUUUUAAUAAGUACUUGUGACUGUUGUCUGCAGAACGAAUGUGCUAACUGCAACACCAGGUGAUUGUGCUGUAAAAUGCUAGGUUUCUGACAGUGUUUUGUGGAUGCAAAUCAGUUAUUCAGGGCAGGUUUUUUUCUUCUGAUUUGUACUUGAUGCAUAAGGAAACUAAGGGAUAUAAUUAACAUCAGUAUUAAAUUCAGUAUUUUGAAUCAACUUGAGCUCUGUAAAGUAAAUAGUUCUUAUGCCAUGAUAGCUAUAGAGAUUAAUAUUUCUUACUUUUUUUUCUGAUUUUUUUCACACAGAAGUUAUGUACCUUCUUGAAAGGAAGGACUAUCUCUCCACUAUGUGAUUUGGAAUUUCAGUGUCCUGGUUGUGCUCAAUGACUAGUAAUACGAUGGCAUAACAGGCAGCUAGAUUUUUUUUUCUUUUGCAAGGUGUAAUUUAUUCAUUCCCUCAGCCUUAACAUGGCAAGUAUAACUUAUUUCUCCUAACUUUUCAUUUGCUUUGACUGUAACAAAUAAUAGGAUGCUUUUUAGUAAUAGUUCAAAUAUUAUUUUGCUGAACCUUUAAAAAGUAAACCUGAAUACUAGAUAUAUUUUUGAGGACCAUCAUGCUGUGUUACUCUGGUAGCAGAGUAAGUCCAGAUUGCUUAAUUUGGGUAUACAAAGAGACAAGUGAAGAGUGUGAGAUGUUAUGCUGAAGCCUUACAUCUAAACUGUAAAUCAGAUUAUUCUUUUAUGGAAUAUCCUAUUUAAUUUCUUUAUGAAUCAUUUGUAAAUGAUUAAUGGCUAAGACAUUGUUCUAAAAUGUGAUGUUCAUAAAUAUAAAUUAUUUUCCUCUUGUUGUGUAUUUAAUAUACUUCCUAAAAGAAUUUUUAUUGUAAAGCAAAUCUUCAUAUUGGAUGUUUGUUUUUGUUUGCCUUUACCGGAAUGAGUAACUAUUUAAAUGUUUUUAGAAAUUAUCUGAUUCUGAAAGUUUCAAAUAUAAAUAACUUACUCUAAGCCUUUCACCUUAUGAUUUUAUGCAUCCGUUCUAAGAAUCUUUUCAUUCUCGAAGGCCUGAAUUUUCUUUCCUUUUAGCCUUGCUUUCACACAACAACAUUUGCAGGAAAUGUUGGAAAUUUGCAGCCCAAAAGGAAUGAUGCCCUCUUCAGCAUUAUGGUACAAAGAUAGGGGAGUUUGGAGUGCAGUUUUGUAGUCUUCCCUUGAAGUCUGCUCUCCUGCCGUGGUCAGAGACAUCAUCACCAUUAUAUGAAACAUUCAUCUUUGAGGUGAUGUCACUCUACCAGUUGACACAUACCAUAGUGUUUCUGUAAUCAAGUUUGUCAACUCGUUAAACGUCGAAUGAUUAUAUAUUCUUUCUUGUAUGUGAAGGGAGAAGGAAGGCAUACGCCCUCUUUCCCUUCGAUACCUUUGAACAGUGCCUUGAACAGUGGUUCUUUUACAUGAAAGACUAUUGAGACUACUGAGUGCUUCUUACGGAGUUAAACUUCUCGUGUUCCUAGGGAAGGAGGAAGUAUUUCAAGAAAAUCUUACCACUUCAUCUAACUGCAAACAGCAAACAACUUUUUUGGAAGUUUGAUAUGUUUAUUUAGCUUGAUGUAGACUUGGGAAGGGAAUUCCAGUUCUGCUUGAAAGUACAGAAAAGACUGCCUUCUUCAAAGUUGAAAGUUUGAAAUGGGAAACAUUUUGGUAAAUACUAAUAUUCAAAAUAGCUGUUAAAUUGACCAAAAAUAUGAGAAGAGCUGGCCUUUACAGCUCAAAUUUACUUAUUUCUCAUUUUGAACAGUGUAAGAAUGCAUUUGUCGUACUGUGAAGUAAAACUAUACCUCUUGUUUAAAAAACCCCCCUCCUUUUAUCAUUGGUGAUGCAGACAAUCUGUAUAAAAUAAUGGAGGUAAAUAUAUGACCAUUACCAUCUAUUUCUGAAAAUGGAAGGAGAGCACCUGAAAAUAAGUUGUGUGGUGAUAUUUCAUAAAAGAAGCAAGGGUACAGUUAAUGCCAUUUUACAGUUAAGAAAACUGGGCUAUAGAAAUAGAAAAUGAAUUUACCCAUGUGUCUCAGCAUAUUAUUUCAGCAUUUGGCAAUAAAACCAGCAUAGUAUGUUCCCAGUCCCAGCUUUGCCCAGAAAAAUGAGAUACAAUAAAUAUUUCUAAAAAUUGCACUAGAAGGUUAUUUUAAGUUAAAGAUUUAGCAAUAUAUUUAUUAGUAGCAAAGGUGUUUUAGUAAGAAUGAAUCAUGCUUCCCAAUGAAAUUGUUGAGGUAUUUCCACUAGCUGUUUGUACACAAAUGUUUUCUUAAUCUUUGAAUGUUGUGAUAUGGAUCCCUAUCUCAUGAGUGCAAAACUUUGUAUUUACUGGUACUGUAUGUUUUCUGAAUCUUUUGUAACAAUACUGUGGCAGCAGGAUAUGAAGUCUGUUUCUGUGCGUGCGCAAAUAAAUAGAACUGACAGGGCACAUAAUACAGUUUUCAUUAUAGAUCA